CGGGCAAAACUUCCGGCGACCUCCCGGCGGUGGUUGGUUUGGUUCUUUCUGGUGUUUCCACCAGCUCCCGUUUGGCAGUCGUCGAAGUGACGGGCCGGAAAAGUGCUGGAAGCGGCCUGGAUCCCACCUGGAUCCCUCCCGCCUUUGCGCGGGAGGGACAGAGGCACAGCUGACAGGGGCAGAGGCUCUACUGACAAGCGCUGGGGACGGCGGUGUCCUUGUCUUGCCUUUGUCGCCCCCGCGCGGCUCUUCCCUGGCUGGGCUGGCGGAGACGGCGCCGAUGAACCUGACUGAGGACCGCUUGGCGAUGGCAGAAAUGAACCCCACACAGGACCGUGUGGUCUUUGAGGACGUGGCCAUAUAUUUCUCCCAGGAGGAGUGGGGGCACCUUGAUGAGGCUCAGAGAUUGCUGUACCGUGAUGUGAUGCUGGAGAAUUUGGCCCUUUUGUCCUCACUAGGUUGUUGCCAUGGAGCAGAGAAUGAGGAGGCACCUUUAGAGCAAGGUGUUUCUGUAGGAGUAUCACAGGUCAUGGCUCCAAAGCCCUGUCUAUCUACCCAAAAGACCCAGCCCUGUGAGACAUGUAGCUCACUUCUGAAGGAUAUUCUGCGUCUGGCUGAGCAUGAUGGAACACACCCUGAACAGGGGCCGUGCACAUGUCCAGCACAUCUUCACCAGCACCAAAAGGAGCAGAUUAGAGAGAAACUUUGCAGAGGGGAUGGAGGAAGACCAUCAUUUGUGAAGAACCACAGAGUUUACAUAGCAGGGAAGACCUUCUUGUGCAGUGAGUGUGGGAAAGCAUUUAGCCACAAAAAUAAACUUGCUGACCAUGAGAAAAUCCACACUGGAGAAAGACCUUAUAAGUGCAGCAUAUGUGGAAUAUUGUUUACGGAAAGGUCCACACUCAAUAGACAUCAGAGGACUCACACUGGAGAAAGGCCUUAUGAGUGCAGUGAAUGUGGGAAAGCCUUUCUUUGUAAGUCUCACCUUGUUCGUCACCAGACAAUCCACUCUGGAGAAAGGCCUUAUGAGUGCAGCGAAUGUGGGAAACUGUUUAUGUGGAGUUCCACACUCAUUACACAUCAGAGGGUUCACACUGGAAAGAGGCCUUAUGGUUGUAGUGAAUGUGGGAAGUUCUUUAAGUGCAACUCUAACCUCUUUAGGCAUUACAGAAUUCAUACAGGAAAAAGGUCUUACGGUUGCAGUGAAUGUGGGAAGUUCUUUAUGGAAAGGUCUACACUCAGUAGACAUCAGAGAGUUCACACUGGAGAAAGGCCUUAUGAGUGCAGUGAAUGUGGAAAAUUCUUUAGCUUGAAAUCUGUACUCAUUCAACACCAAAGAGUUCAUACUGGAGAACGGCCUUAUGAAUGCAGUGAAUGUGGGAAGGCCUUCCUUACAAAAUCCCACCUCAUUUGUCACCAGACAAUUCACACUGCAGCAAAGCAGUGCAGUGAAUGUGGGAAAUUCUUUAGGUAUAAUUCCACACUUCUCAGACAUCAGAAAGUCCACACUGGAUGAAGCCCUUAUGAAUGCAGUGGAUGUGGGAAAGCCUUUAGUCACCAACAUACUGUGGCUGGACAGCAGGCAAUACACACUGGAGAAAGACAGAGUGCCGUGAGUGUGGGUAAUUACAUAGACACAGCUCUCCAAUCACUAUGUAUCAGAGAAUUCACACUGCAGAAAUAUGUGUUCAGGAAACUUGGGAUGUUAUUUUGAUUUGACUUUCGUCUCGGACAUGGGAGAGUUUAUACUGAAGAAGAGUCUUUUCAAUAAAGUGGAAAGAUUCAACAUGCAAAAUUGUACUUAUUGGGCUUCAGAAUAUCCACACUAGCGAAAGUAUGGCAAAUGUGUGACAUCCUUUUGCUGCUACGUAGACACCACGUGGUUCACACUGGAGAAAGGCCUUACAGACGCCUUGAAUGUAGCCAAGAUGGUGAACAACAUCACCCAGAAAUCUCUGAUUUAGCACUGAGAACUAGUUUUAUAUGUUUUUAAAAAAAUAAUGGUAAAGUACAUGCAACAUAAAAUUUCCCAUCUUAGCUAUUGUAAUGUCCUGUUUAAUACUUGAAGUACAUCCAUAUUGUUGUGCAGAGAAUAUCCUGGACUCUUCGUCUUACAAAAUGAAACUCUAGAACCAUUAAAUAACAACUCAUUUCCACAUUCCUUCAGUCCCUGGCGACCACCAUUCUAUUCUUAAGUCCAUAUGAAUCUGACUAUUCUUGGUACUUCAUAGAAGAAUAACCUUAGAGUGCUCUUCUUUUUAUUAUUUUUUUCACUUAGGAUAAUAUCCUCGAUGUUCAUCUGUGUUUUAGCAUGUAUCAGAAAUCUUAAGGCAGAGCAAUAUUUCAUUGCU